GACAGUUACUAGUUUUUUGUCAAAUGUGCAACAUGAACAUAAUGCAAGGUUCUUAUUAUAAUUUAAAUUAUAGAAUUUCAUAUGCAAUAGGACAGUGGCCAUAUCUUAAUAAAUCCCAAAAAAUAAUAAGAAUUACUGCAAUAUUUUUUUGUAUACAAUCAAUAAAUAUUCCUAUGUUCUUUGGUCUUUUGAAUGCACUGGGCGAUAUAAAUUUAACAAUGGAAUGCGUUUCACCUUUGGUAUUUGCUAACCUGUGUCUCUUAAUGUCUGUCAAUUCCAUAAAUACAAGUAAAAAGUUGUUGAUUUUAGUCGAAAAAAUAGAAAAAGAUUGGCUAAUAUGGUCGGCAGAACCAGAAAUUGAAAUUUUAAAAAAACAUGCCCAAGAUGGAAAAAAAUUUCGAAUGGUCUAUUUUGCGUCAAUGUUUGGAGCGUGCAUAAGUUUCUUCUUCAUACCAAUAAUGCCAAGAAUUUUAGAUUGGAUACAACCAUUAAAUGAAUCAAGAGAAUUACUACCAAUUUAUUUGGCCGAUUAUAAAAUUAUUGAUAUUGAAAAAUAUUAUUUUCCCAUUUUUUUUCAUAAUUAUAUAUGCACCAUUUGGAUAAUGUUAAUUCUUAUAAAUAAUGAUACAAUGUUUAUACUUUGUACUCAACAUGCAUGCGCAAUUCUUGCAGCAAUGGGAUCAAAAUUGACAAAUUUAGUAGAUAAUCAAUUUUCCCCAAAGCGUGACAAAUAUUUGAGAAUGAAAAUUGAUUCCGAUAUUAUUUUUUGUGCUAAACAACAUAAGGAAUUAAUUGCAUUUCUUGAAAAUAUACAUAAAUGUUUUUCCUUUCUAUUUUUGCUUGGAGUUGUAUCUAAUAUGUUAAUGAUAAGUGUAACAGGCUUUCAGGCAGCAACAAAAAUUAAUAAUCCUGCAGAAACAUUGCGAUUUUCUGUUGAGACAUCUGUACAUGUUAUUCAUAUAUAUUUAAUCACUGUACCGUGUCAACAAUUAAUUGAUACCAGUCUGAGUCUUUCUGAUUCAAUAUACAAAUCAAAUUGGUAUUUAUUACCUACACAUUCUCGAAAAUCAUUAUUAAUAAUAAUGAGAAGAAGUUCAGAGCCACUUGAAUUUAUGGUUGGAAAAUUAUAUACAUAUUCAAUGAGAAAUUUUGGAAUGGUAAUUAAAACAUCAAUUUCGUACUUUACUGUACUAGUUUCACUACAGUGAGAAAAAUAUUAUAUAUAUUUUAUUUCUAUAUAGAGAAAGUUCUUUUUUAAAAAAGUUUGCAAACUUGUUACAAUUUUUG